AGGUGCGGUUGGAAGAGAAAUCUCAACUUUGUUGACGCUCCAUCCUCGGAUUCUCAUUUGGUUCCACCGGCCACUGAUUCAUCUCAAAUUUAUCCUCUCCGUGAGACUGGCACUGACAGCGACGGCUCCACCGUGAGUUCCCGGAAUCUGCGGCCUCUCUGGUCACCCACAUUCUCCUUCUUCUUCACGAUUUAUGGCCGCUGGCCGGUGCUGAGUCGCCGUUGUUGUGUUACUGUUUCAUCUAGGUCCAUUCCUCGGUAUUCAUUUCCACAUUUCUACGUUCGUGCACGAGGCUUUAAGACGACGAAAAUCGCAGCAGAGUAGCAGAGGAUUCGGAUCAGACCAAACAGCAGAAACGAAAGGAAAAACGAGAUAUUAAAAACGACGGCGUUUGGAGGAUCCAAUCCAUUUCUCGAGCAAGUUGGCCAUUGCAUUCGAUAUCUUAACCGCAUCGCUGUACCGAACGGACGCAUCGUUUUCGGGAGCGGUUUUCUGAAAGGACAGACGAUUCGACAUCCUGAAAAUGUGCGAAGCACGAGCCCAAUGACUUGGGUAUCUACAAUUAUGGAUUGAUAUAGACUGAAUCAAGGUGGUGGCCUGUUGGGCUGGGAGAAGGUUUGGCUACAUUGAGAAAUGGGGACGGUUGCCGGAGAGGAGUUGAUGAACUUGGAGAAAAUGCAGGAAAUAAAUGCCCGUGAAGAGAAAAUUCUUGUAUUAGUAAGGUUGAGACCUUUGAAUGAGAAGGAGAUUAUUAUGAAUGAAGCAGUGGAUUGGGAGUGCAUCAAUGAUACUAGUAUCUUGUACCGGAAUACCUUACGGGAGGGGUCCACAUUUCCAAGUGCCUAUACUUUUGAUAGAGUAUUUGGAGGUGAUUGCUCCACAAAGCAGGUGUACGAGGAAGGAGCCAAAGAAAUUGCAUUUUCUGUAGUCAGUGGUAUCAACUCGAGUAUUUUUGCAUAUGGUCAAACAAGCAGUGGAAAGACAUACACCAUGAACGGAAUUCUUGAACAUUCAGUGUCAGAUAUAUUUGAUUACAUUAGAAAGGUGAGUUAAUAUUGCUCUAUUCUGAGUUCUCUGACUGUCUGUUUGUUUUCUUUUCCUCAAAACNAAAAAAAAAAAAAAAAACUCUAUUGUUUUCCUAUUUUUGCAUUUCCCACAGUUUUUGGUUAUCAACAGCGAGGGACUGUUGUGGAGAAAGUCACUGAGGAAACUUUGAGGGACUGGAACCAUUUAAAGGAGCUCAUUUCAAUGUGUGAAGCUCAACGACGGAUUGGAGAGACCUCGCUGAAUGAGAAAAGUUCUAGAUCUCAUCAAAUUAUUAAAUUGACAAUUGAAAGUUCUGCUCGAGAGUUUUUAGGAAAAGACAAUUCAACCACCCUUGCUGCUAGUGUGAAUUUUAUUGAUUUAGCUGGGAGUGAACGUGCAGCUCAAGCAUUAUCAGCAGGGGCGAGAUUGAAAGAAGGCUGCCACAUAAAUCGCAGUUUACUGACUCUCGGUACUGUUAUUCGCAAAUUAAGCAAAGGAAGAAAUGGUCAUAUCAAUUACAGAGAUUCUAAGCUGACGCGAAUAUUGCAGCCCUGCUUAGGUGGCAAUGCUAGAACAGCCGUCAUCUGUACAUUGAGCCCUGCAAGAACUCACGUUGAACAAACUAGAAACACUCUCUUGUUUGCUUGUUGUGCAAAAGAGGUGACUACAAAAGCACAAGUCAACGUGGUCAUGUCUCAGAAGGCUUUGGUUAAGCAUUUGCAGAAAGAGGUAGCCAGAUUGGAGAGUGAGUUGAGAACCCCUGCCCCUAUUUCAUCCAGUUCUGAAUAUGCAGCCUUACUUAAAAAGAAAGAUCUACAAAUUGAGAAGAUGGCGAAGGAGAUUAGAGAGCUCACAAAGCAAAGAGAUCUCGCUCAAUCCCGGAUUGAAGAUUUACUUCGUAUGGUUGGACAUGAUGAUGUCGUGAGAAAGGAUAUCGAAAGUAGUUAUUCCAAAUUGCAAGCGAGGGAUGCUUUAGAGGAUGAAGGUUCACCAUCAGAAACUUCAAGUGUGGCUGAUUUUCGUGAUAGAGAUAUGGGUGUAAAAUCCUUCAACAAUCCUCAUUAUUAUGAUGGAGACAGUGAUGAUGGAAAGAGGUUUCUUGACUCUUACUCCGGUCACAGUCCAAUGACAUCAACCGCUCUUGCAAUAGUCGAAGAUUCCGAUGACUGCAAGGAAGUUCAAUGUAUUGAAAUGGGGGAGUCAAUCAGGGAUGAUAACUUGUCACCGCUUGCUGCCAAUAACGGUGAAUUUAGAGGAAAUGGUCAUGAAAUGAUAUCAACCCCUGUGAAAGGGAAUAGAGAAGCACAUCAAAUUCAAAAUAAUUCAGCAAAUGAUCAACCGGAGCAAAGACUCCAUAAUGUAAGAAGGACAGAAAUUAAUUCUAUGUUCAGUCCUUACCGCGACCAUGCAUGUUCAAAGGUUACUGCUGAUAUGUCAAGCUCCAGAAGCUUGAAGCUAGCCAGAAGCUGGAGUUGUAGAGCCAAUCUCUCGACUGAUUUAUCACCUGGUAGAGGAGAAACCACCCCUCCUCAUGGAUUUGACCAAAGAUUUCCUGGAAGACCUGAAGGUUUUGAACGGAAACUCUCACAAUUAGUCUUUGAUGACAGCCUCCGGAGGCUUGAUUCUCAGUCUUCUAUAGGAAGUGCUCGGAGCAUCAAAACUUCGGCAGAUGAAGACGUUACUCGCUUAGACGCCUUUGUUGCCGGAUUGAAGAAAAUGACCAACUUAGAGUAUGGGAAAGAACUUGCUGAUGGACAGUUUCUGAAGGAUGGCCACGAAUUGGAUCUCUUAAAGGCUUCAAAUGGUGCUGGAGGGGGAGAGACAUUGCAAGAUGCUGCACUAGUCACAUCCGAUUGGAACCAAGAAUUUCAGAGGCUGCGGAGGAUGAUAGUUGAACUUUGGCAAACUUGCAACGUCUCGAUAGUCCACAGAACUUACUUUUUCUUGCUCUUCCAAGGUGAUCCUACCGAUUCCAUUUACAUGGAAGUGGAGAUUAGGAGACUGACUUUUAUGAAGCAAUCAUUUUAUUACGGCAAUGAAGCUAUGGAAGAUGGCCGGAAAGUUUCUUUUGCUUCAAGUGUGAGAGAUCUUCGUCGCGAGAGAGAAACAUUGAGUAAGUUAAUGCGGAAACGAUUCUCAGAAGAAGAGAGAAAGAGACUCUUCCAGCAAUGGGGAAUCUUGUUGAGUUCAAAACGCCGAAGGCUGCAGCUCAUCAACUGCUUGUGGAGCGACUCGAAGAACAUGAACCAUGUAACAGAGAGUGCAGCCAUUGUUGCGAAGCUUGUGAAGUUUGCUGAACAAGGACAGGUUCUCAAGGGGAACUUUGGUCUCAGCUUCAUCACACCUCCACUGAAAAGUAGAAGAACAUAUAGCUGGAAGAACAGUAGGAGUUCUCUUCCGUGACCUGAGCUGCUGCACAUAUAAUAACGCUACUGAAGUUAUCAUAUCAUUCGUAUUUUUGUUACUGGUAAUCAAUAUAGUUAUGUAAGAAACUAAAGCUUCAUUAAUUUUGUAAUAGGGCUGUAUAAAUCCCUUUGUAAUCUUGCUUGAUCUAGGAAGUUAAUUUAGAUUAGGCUGAUUGAUUUAGCUUUUGUUGUUGUGUAUUUUGUGAAACUCGAAACAUUAUAAUUGUCACGUUUUUCAUUUCU